CAUCACGCUUGCUGGACGUACAACAUCUUGACAACGGCAAUACGUCGCACCUUCUAAGAAACUUCGUGAAAGUUUCGCGUUAUUUUUCAAUCUUUCGUACUUGAUUCAACCCAUCCAUCUGUGGCGCUUUUUUUGCCCGCCAACCGCCUAUCAUCAUGGAGGAAGUUAUCCUCGACGUCCGCGUCGAGGCGGGGAAAGCCGUUUUUGACGAUGAUUUGAUGCUAGAUGCCGGCGUGCAAGCCGACGAGCUUGUCUUAGAACUCGACGACCUACACGGCAAGGAAGACGAGUACCAGACGGUCGAUCUUGACGCUCAACCCGUCACAGCCGAUGUGGAAGUCGCUGUCGAUGGCCUCGAGGCGCAACCUAAUACGAACGAUGAGCAAGCAGAGGCGGCAGGUGACGCCGAGGAAGAUGCUCAGGAUGUCUCCAUGGCAUACGGUGAUGAGAUAGGUUACGAAGAGGAGGAGGGUGUCGCAGAAGAGGCUACUACGGAACACGAGCCCACAGAAACCACAGCGUCAAAAGCGCCGUCUGCAAAUGACGAGAAUCCCGAUCAACGUAAAUCGGAACAGGAAGCCCAGGACGUCCAGAUCGAUCUCGCUGAGCCCAAAAUGGGCGACGAUGCGGAAGAACAGCCGGCCGCUUGUGUUGAUCAGGAGGCUACUGAACAUGCUGCCGAGAUAAAAGUCGGCCUGGACGUCAAUGGUAUUGCGGCUGCCGAUGCUCCGGAUAUAGCGGUCUCAGAAGCUGAACAAGCGGACGAGGCCGUGAACGAGGGACACCAGCUCGAGGAAAGUCAGAGUGACCAUGACGAGGCCAUUGUGGAUGAUGCCGCAUUUAGCAUCACCGAUAUCACAGUCCAGUAUGAUGGUGGCAGUUAUGCCCUCUUUGGAAACUCGGACAUGGAUCCUGAGACCUACUUCCUUUCCGACACUGAGAUUGCAACCGCACCAUUGUCGGAACUACUUGCAUCUAUCCGCUCUGUCAUUGCCUCAGACUUGACACCCGGAGAAGAACUGGUUAUCGUUAUUGACUCGCUUGAUUUGAACUUUGGCGAAAGGUCCAGCAAGGACUUUUUGCAGCGCAGCUUUCAUCAGAUCAUUUACUGCUACAAUGUCCUUCUAGCUAAAGGAAUCGUUACAGAGACGUCCCUAACGCUCAAUCUUGUGGUCCGUCCGGACCCCGAGGGCCGGUUCUUGGAAUUGCUCGAGGAGGCAGGCAUCUGGAGUGGAGCUGACUACUCUCCCGAUUACUCAGAUGCCUCCGGGGAGGAUGAACAUCUGGAUGACGAUCAGGACAUUGAAGACUAUGAUGACAAUGAAGACCUCGAAAAUGGUGAUGAUCAUGAGGAUGUCCAAGAUUAUGAAUUCGAUGACCAAGAGCAUCAAGACGGGGAAGCCCAGCAAGAUCAAGAUCAAGAAGAGAAAGAAGACGAACAGCCAGAGGGCCUUGAGCUGACCGAGAAUGUCGAAAUUGCCGAGGAUGUCGAGGUUACCGAAGACCGAGAAGUCAGCGGGAAUGUAGCCGAGAAUGGGGAUGUUACCGUCUCGGCUGGAGACGUCCAGGAUGAGGCAUCAGAGGAACAAACAGAGCCUCAGGUCACCGCGGAUGUCCCUGAGAAUGAGCGUGAUACUGAGCAAUUCUCGCUAGAAGAGAACAUCGUUCAAGCUCCCCAAGCAGAGCCAUCUGCAGAUAUCAACGGGGAAAGACACAUUGAUGCCGGUGAAUCCUCUCACGGCCCUUCAGGCAUCGUUGAUGUUGAGCAUGAGAUGGAUGGUGAUAUCGGAGAGCUUCAGCCCAGCUUGGAGGAGACGACGGGCAGUGAUUUGGAGCAUGCUUCCGAAAUGAAGUCUGCCAUGGACGAACCUCAGCCGGAAAACGGUGAUCAUACCGAGGCUAUCGACGAGGAAGAGGAGGAGGAAGCUUAUGAUGAGGAAGAGUACCUCGAGCAUCAUGAAGAGGCCGAAGUCGAGGAGCAAGAGGAUCAUGAAGCUGAUCAUGCAGUGGGUGCGGAGGAGCUCGGCGAUGACUUGACUCUCAGGCAGACAUUGGACGACGGCAACUUCUCCCUCGAUAUCAUGGAGGGGUCUACUGAAGGUAACGCAGUGCUCGGUCUUGACGACAAUGAAACUGGUAAAUCCCCUUUUUUCUUUUUGUCAGCCACACACAACCCCGGCACACACAGCCACAUACACGUUUCGCGCUCAGGCGAAGCCAAGGAUGACGAUCUCAUCGACUACACGGACGAUGAAGGUCCAAUCCAUACCAUGCCUGGUCUCAAACGAAAGUCCGUGUUCCCAGACCUAGGCUUCGGGGCAAAGAAGAUGAGAUCCGAGCAAACGGAUGGGACAAUGCCGCCACUGCAUAGCAGGCCCUCGGACAAUGUAUCCGGCGGAAGCCAGCUUGCAGUUGAACUGCGACCAAACCAGUACCGCAGUCUCGCAGCGCCAUCCACUUUCCGCUCCGACUCACCUUGCACCGAGAAAUCUAACAGCCCGGUCAACUUUGCUGCACCUCACCCGGGCCGUGGCGGUCGUUUUCAUUCCCACAAAGACUCCGAUUUAAGCGUCACCUUCUCUGCUUACGACGAUGCUGACAUGCCCUAUCAAGAAAACAACGACACUAGUACUUCGCGCAAUCCGGACUCUGCCGCCAUGCAGGACCAGUACACUGACGACGGCCACAACAUGGGCGACUAUACUGAAGUAGAAAACGCGGUCGAGGUCGAGUACACCCAUGAGACAUCGCAUCUCACAAUCAACACCACCGACUCCAAGGACCAGACUGAAGAAGGUGCCCAUGACUUCACAGCCGAAGAACCCGCCACCCACACGAGCACAACCAAUACCAUGAGCGGCGACGAGAUUGACUACGACGAACACGAGGAACAGGAUGGCUCGUUUGAAACAGAAGACCAAGUCCAGGAGUCCAGCAACGCUCAGGGUGACGACGACGAAAUCGGAUGGGGAGAUGAUGGAGAUGAGGACAGCAAUGAUUCAACACAGCAGACCACAACCUCUCAAGAUCAACCGCCCCUCACAGCAAAGAGAGGUCGGACUGAUGAUCUGGAUGAGGAAGCCGAAGAGGCCGAUGUCAAGCGUCGUCGGACCUGAUCGGUAAUCUCUGGCUUCAAAUGUAGCAUCGCUCCAACACCUCCAUGCCCCGAUUUAAGCUUCCCAGCCCAUUUCCCCCCCUUCCCCUUCC